GACCGAUACGGUGCGAGGGGCCCAACGAACCGCCGGUUAUAUUUUUCGGGACCGAUUGAAUACUCAGUGAAAACAUUAUUGUCCGGCCGGGUGUACCGUCGUUAUCGUCGUCGUUACCGUCGUCGUCGUCGUCGUCGUCGUCGUUUCUCGUCCAUCGUUCCACCGUCCGGUGAUGCCAGUAGUUUCCGCUUCCCUGGGGAUAUCGGCGACGGUGUGAAAACCCGGACCAACAGGAGAAGUGACAGUUCAGAUAGAGCGGCGAGCACAAAGAACGUCUCAGUCGACGCUGAGCCAUUGCCUCAGCAAGUCUCGGCCGACAAGUCGGGUGAUCUAGUCCCAACGGAGGUAGCUGAUAUUACUCUUACACUUACGCCGGAGUCAUGAGACUCUAUGGAUGCGCGACGAUACUGAUCGUCCUGGUGACGAUUUCCACGAGGAUUGCGAGCGGCAUACGCGUCACGCAAACCGCCGGCAGAAAGAACGAUGUGGCGGAUCAAACUUCGGCAUCGUCUUUCUGGACUCCCACCAUAAAGACGGGCAACAUAUUCACCGACGACACUUCGAACUUCUUCCCAUCCAGCCACGGGAUCGUGCAAACACACCCGGCGGGCAACGUGUUCCGAAGCGGUUUCGGUGGGAUCGACAACCUCGGCAGCAGGGGUGUGACAGUCAGACCACCGAGAACGAGACCCCUCGACUACAGCGAACGAGCCACCGCUGAAUUACGCCGGAAUCCGGCGCUUUCUUCGCCGGAUGAAUGUGCGAGAGCUUGCCGCGAAAAUGAACCGCCUCGGAUAUGCUACUACCACUUCACCCUCGAAUAUUAUACCGUGCUGGGAGCUGCAUGUCAAAUUUGCACUCCCAACGCAACCAACGUCGUAUGGAGCGACUGUCAGUGCGUAUUGGCCGACGGAGUGGAAAGAGGCAUUCUGACUGCGAACAGAAUGGUACCUGGGCCAAGCAUUCAAGUUUGCCAAGGUGACAAAGUGGUAAUCGACGUCGAAAAUCAUAUCGAAGGGAUGGAUGUAACCAUUCACUGGCACGGAGUAUGGCAGAGAGGAUCUCAAUAUUACGAUGGUGUACCUUUUGUGACUCAAUGUCCUAUUCAAGAAGGCAGCACGUUUAGGUAUCAAUGGAUGGCUGGCAACGAAGGUACACAUUUCUGGCACGCUCACACAGGCUUGCAGAAGAUAGACGGUCUUUACGGAAGCAUUGUAGUACGACAACCGCCCAGCAAGGACCCUAACAGCCACCUGUACGACUACGACCUGACAACUCACGUUGUGCUAAUCAGCGAUUGGUUCCACGAGACUGCGGCGGAACGUUUCCCUGGUCGUCUGGCUGUUAACACUGGACAGGCUCCUGAAAGCGUCCUCAUCAACGGAAAGGGACAAUUCAGGGAUCCGAACACCGGUUUCAUGACGAACACACCCCUGGAGGUCUUCACCAUAACUCCCGGCCGCCGUUAUCGUUUCCGACUGAUCAAUUCCUACGGAUCGGUCUGUCCAUCUCAGAUUACGUUCGAAGGUCACCCGCUCACCCUGAUCGCGACCGACGGCGAGGCUGUGCAACCGGUCAACGUGGAUACCAUCAUUUCGUUCUCCGGUGAACGAUACGAUUUCGUUAUAAACGCCGAUCAGCCUGUCGGCGCGUAUUGGAUCCAAGUCCGCUCGCUUGGUGAGUGCGGUAUUCCACGAGCCCAACAGCUCGGCAUCUUGCGUUAUGCUCGUGGACCUUAUCAGCCAACCACCACGGCGCCGACUUACGACUUCGGUCUACCACAGGGCGUCGUGUUGAACCCUCUGGAUGCCAUAUGCGGUCGUCCCCGCGAGGACGCGGUCUGCGUGAACCAGUUGAAGAAUGCCCGCCAGGUCGACCAAGGAAUUCUUCAGCAGCGUCCAGAUGUGAAAAUAUUCUUGCCAUUCCGUUUCCUCUUCUACAGGCCAGAAGAAGUCUUCCAGCCGCAGACUUACAAUCGAUUCUUAGUCGCACCGACCGGAGAUCACGUAAUUUCUCUCGUCGAUGAAAUCUCGUUCACGUUUCCGCCGGCGCCUCCGCUUUCGCAGAUCGACGACAUCCCACCCGAACAGUUCUGUAACGGGGACAACAGACCGGCCGACUGCGGAGCGAACUGUAUGUGCACCCAUCAGGUUGAUAUCCCGCACAACGCGGUCGUCGAGGUGGUCCUCGUCGAUGAAGUCCAACAACCGAACCUGUCGCAUCCCUUCCACUUGCACGGAUACGCGUUCAACGUGAUCGGCAUGGGCCGCUCGCCCGACAAGAACGUGAAAAAGAUUAAUCUGAAGCACGCGUUGGAUCUCGACAAGAGGGGUCUCCUCAAUCGACAGUUCAAUUUACCACCUGCCAAGGACACUAUCGCCGUACCAAACAACGGCUACGUCAUUUUCCGAUUCCGUGCAGAUAAUCCUGGUUACUGGCUGUUCCAUUGCCACUUCCUGUUCCACAUACUCAUCGGCAUGAACCUGAUCCUGCACGUGGGCACGCAGGCGGACCUGCCGCCGAUCCCGCCGAACUUCCCGAGAUGCGGCGACCAUUUACCGCCGAUCACACCGCCAUCGCUGUUAGACUCGUUUCACUGAUCGAUCCGGAAGGAGCUCAGAAAUUGAGGCGGUCCAAAGCAUACACGAUAUCCAUAGCGUAUUUCCUGUAAAUUAGUCAGUAUGCUGUAGCGAAUCAUUUCCGUGAAGCAUCUCGCUCUCGUCGUCGGCUCGCGUUCGUCGUUAGAGUGUUUCGCGCGAAAGAUAGAGAGCGAGAAAGUGAGCAUGAGCGAGUGCAAGAGAGGGAGUGAUAGAGGAAAAAAAUAGAGAGCGAAAGAGAAAGAGAGAAAAAGAGAACGAGAGAAACAGAGAGAGAGAGAUAGAAUUAUGGUCCCCAAAAACGAGGAGUACGGAAAACGGAUAGAACAGAACGAGUAAGUAAAAAGAGUUCAAUCAGACAGCCGAUACCGCUUAUGGUGCCGCAAUGGCGAUCGUUCUCGAGACGGUAAUGACUCCACGUUGGCAAUAGUCGAUAUUUAUUAUGUUCCGAAUACUUCUCACCCUUCGAUCGUGAAACAGCUGACCUCGAUCAAUCGACGGUUUCGAUCUUAACAAAAUUCCAACGAAAAGUAAAACACCGGGGAAAGCGACGGAUCGAAGGAGCAACACGCGUGGAAACGAUCGAAAUAGAGGAAGGUGUCAAGAGCAUGCGUAUGCCACUAACAUUUGUAACUCUGUAAAUAAUGUAGAAAUAAUCGUUACAUUUGAUCGAUUGUGUAAUGCCGGUAGAGACGAUGUUUCGGGGGUUGAAGAG